CAACAUGAAUAAAAUCUAACGCAUGUUUUUUUGUAAAAUUCAUUAAAGCUGAAUCAGAAAGCUUUCAUUCUGUAUUGCAAUAUUUCAAUGAGAAAGCACGAGAAAAUGGGGAACGAGAGUUGGUUAUUAAUUACUGUUCCUCAGGCAGUCACACGGAUUUCUGAAACGCGCUGCUAUGCUUUCACUCUUCAUCACACUUCACACAAUGAGAUGCUUUGAAAUUGACUUUACCUGAUCUGACUGUUAUUUCAUAGCUAAUAUCUAUACUGCCCUUCCCCUUCGCUGCAGAAUGGAAAGACACAGUUCUAUAGUGCUAUUUAAUUGGAGCACUGUUUGGCAGUCUUACAGUAAAGCCUUCUCCUACAUCAGCUCCUUUAAUUAUUUUGUCACAUUUUGAAUGGUAGGAAACAAAAGAUCCAUUUAAAAAAGUUUCCAGCCCUGUAUAUAUAGUUAGAGGUUCUAGGAAAACAAAAACAGCUUCCACUGGUUCUUAAUUGUGCUUAUUUCAUCCUUGCUUGCAAUCUUUCCUUUGGCAUUAUGUUAUUACUACUGGUUUAUUAUUGUUUGAAGCAGCUUAUCCAUAUGAUCGAAUAACUCGUUGCAGUCUUCCUAAUUUAACGUGCUAAAAAUAUAAGUAUAAUUUAAGGUGUAAUUGAAGCUGUUGGAUUGUUAAUAAUGCUCAAUGUGCUUAGGCCAUCACGGUGACACAGCAGUAGAGUUGCUGCCUUACCACGCUUGCAACUCUGGAGUGGCGGCGGUGGAAAGCAUCUUGUCCGGGAACAUUACCAUCUGGUUUGGGAAUUGCUCUGCCAAGGACAAGAAGGCUCUGCAGAGAGUAGUGCGUUCGGCCGAACGCACCAUGGGAACUUCACUUGCCCCCCUGCAGGAACUAUACAUCAGGAGGUGCAACUCAAGAGCCAACAAUAUCAUGAGAGACCCCUUCCACCCCUGCAACGGACUGUUCCAGCUGCUACGGUCAGGCAAACGCCUCCGUUGCCAUGCGGUGAGAACGGAGAGGUUGAGAAGGAGUUUCUUCCCAGAGGCCAUUCGGACUGUAAACGCCUAUCUCACCAGGGACUAACUCCACUGAACGUUUUUCCUUCCAUUAUUUAUUAUGUAAAAGAAUAUGUGUGUUAUGAUUGUGUUUAUAGUUUGUUUGGUUGUUUGGUUGUUUGUCUUUUGCACAAAGUCCACGAGCAUUGCCACUUUCAUUUCACUGCACAUCUCGUAUGUGUAUGUGACAAAUAAACUUGACUUGACUUGACUUGGAGACCCGGGUUCAAUCCCGACGAUGGGUGCUGUGUGUACGGAGUUUUACGUAAUCCCCGUGGGAUUUCUCUGAGAUCUUCGGUUUCCUCCCACACUCCAAAGAUGUCCAGAUUGCAAGUGAAUUGGCUUGGUAUAAGUAUAAAUUGUCCCUAGUGCGUGUAGGAUAGUGUUAAAGUGCGGGGAUUGCUGGUCGGUGUGGACUCGCUGAGCUGAAGGGCAUGUUUCCACGCUGUAUCUCUAAACUAAACUAAAAAGUAAUAGAUGGUUUAUUUCACUGAAAAUUAAUCAAACGUUAGAAGCAAGGAUUUGGUGUGCUUGGCUGUAACUAUCUAUCAUUCCUGAAUAUGAAUAUUUUCUUCCUUCAAAUACAGGAUCUGAUUACUGACCUAAAGGAGAAAUUGUCUGGACAUUUCAAGGAAGUAAUGGUAGGACUGAUGUACCCACCAGCUUUUUUUGAUGCUCAUGAACUGAGACAUGCCAUGAAGGGUGCAGGUACAGAUGAAAACUGUCUAAUUGAAAUUCUUGCCUCAAGAACAAACAGUGAGAUCUACGCAAUCAGUGAAUGCUACAUGAUGCAAUUCGGCAUACAACUUCAAGAGGAUAUUGAUUCUGAAACAUCAGGACACUUCAGAGAUGCUCUCAUGUUGCUUGCACAGGGAGCCAGGGAAGAAGGAUAUGGAUAUGAGGAUCAAGGCAUGGCUGCCCAAGAUGCUACGGCACUUUGGGAAGCUUGCCAAGAUGAAACAGGGGAACAUAAAAGCAUGUUGCAAGAUAUUUUAUGUAAAAAGGGUUUUCAACAGUUGUGGCUGGCUUUUCAAGAGUUCCAACUCGUGUAUGGUCAAGAUAUUCAAGAUGCAAUAAAGAACUGCUAUGACGGAAACUUUCAGCAAUUACUUGGUGCAAUUGUCCUUUGUGUUAGAGGCAAACCUUCUUAUUUUGCACGCAAGCUCUACACUGCCAUAUACGACGAAGGCUUUCACAACAGAACCGUCAUAAGGAUCAUGAUUUCAAGGAGUGAAGUUGACCUGAUGAAUAUUAAAACAAUUUACAAGACCAGCUAUGGAAAUUCACUACAUCAUGAUAUCAAGAAAUAUGCAUCAGGACACUAUAAAACAGCUCUCUUGGCAAUUUGUACUGGUGAUGCUGAGCAAUAUUAAAUGAAGGAAGAUAAAACGUCUGAAGUCAACAAAACCCAACUUCACUGCAGGGAAUGUAGAUUAUAAAGUCAAAUUCUUAUCUUUCAAAACAUUAGUUAAUUGUACGAGCCUAUUCAGUUAUCAUAACUAAAUCUCUUUUGUUGAACUACAGAGAACCUUUAGAGAAAUAUUCUGAUAAAUAUUGUGAAUCAUACUUUAAACAUUUUAAGAUCAUUUUAAUAUUGUAGAACAAAAGCAGCAUGCAUUUUGAUUAUAUAUUAAUGAUUUUAAAUAUCAGGGAAAUUUCAACAUCAUCAAGGAACCCGUUCCCUUAACCUUUGAUGGUCCUGUAAACCACACAUUUCAUAAUGAAUGCUCCAGCUUCCAAAUAGUUAUUGCUGGAAGAGCAGUGUGUGUUGUCAUAUGAAGGAACUUUAAUCUAUUAUUGUUUCCAGAUAUAUCUCUUUUAGAACUGGUUAUUAUACAAUUUAUAUCACUCAAAUUAUUAAUAAAGAUUUAUUUCCUCUUAAGUUGCAUUUUAUUGCAGAUGUCUGGAGUGCACUUCAGUUAAAUAUAGCUCUAAUAAUGGUAAAACAUUCAACAUAAAAGGCUUGACAACACUUAUAUGAUCGACCAAGUUAUGCAUUUUUUUAAAUAUCAGCCAUUGAAAUUCAUGAAUUUCAUUCCUGAAAUUCAAUGACCAAAUGUGUUUCCGGUGAGAGGUUUCAGUGAACACAAAAUGACACGAAUAUAGAAAUAGGCUAAGGUCCCCUGACCCCACGAUCUUGCCCCACCAUUUAAUAUGAACAUGGCUGAUCUCUACCAACUUCAACUCCUCUUCUGAGCCAGGUUCCCAUUGUCCCCAAUUCCUUGGGCUUUCAAACAUGCAUCAUCUUCACCUGCUAAUAAUGAAACCUCUGCAAACAUCUUGGGUUGAGAAUUCAAGAUUCACUUACCCUUGGUGAAAAUAAAUUUGUUUGCAUCUUUACAUCUCAACAUCUUCCUUGUCGAGGCCCCUUCAGAUCUUAUGUGUUUUAAUAGCAUCCCCUCCCAUUCUGCUUUACUCCAAAGAAUACAGGCCCAAACUAUUCAGCCUCUCUUGACAAGACAAUUCCCUCACCCCAGCCAUCAGCCCAGUGAAUCUCUUUUGGAUUGGUUCCAAUGCUAAUAUGUCCUUUUUUAGGCGAAGGAAACAAAACUGUGCAGUAAAGAGGAGCGAUAAUAAGAGACAUAUCAACUACAAUCAUUAAAGCAUGAAGGGCUAGAAAUUCCUCAAUCCCCGUUUGUUUGCUAUUGAAACAAAAUAUCUUCCAGUGUUUCUAAAAGAAAAAUAAAAAGAUGACGCUCCACUACCUCGUCUGUAAAUAGCAUUGUUCCUCGCAUUCAUGUUAUGUUAAGCUGCUCAGCUGGUAAUACUGGUUGUCUUACUCACAGUUGCCAACAACUAGAAGCUACUAAAGAAUGUUGAAUAGUUGGAAAUCACCCCACUAGUUCUUCCAGAACCCAGGGACUGUUCUCCUAUGUUGAUUGAGAGACUUAAAGAGGCUGCCGGCUUAUAUUAUCUACAACUCGGAUGUCCUGUGCCAUGGCAAUGAAGACCCUCCAGGGCCAAGGGGGUUUCUAGAGGGAGCCUCAACAUUUGAUUCAUGCCACGCUUCAGUCCACCACAUCCAUGCUGACCAUAAAGCAUUCAUCCACAUUAAUUCCAUUUACUAGCAUUUUGUCCAUAAGC